AUGCAUCCAGAUGUUGUCGACCCGCACCCUUGCUCCGACCACUGGACCAUGCUAUCUGACGUCAGGCUCUUCUUCGGGCCCCCUAGGGGCCUUGGGACUGUCAAUGGUGAGGAUGACGAUGGGGAAGGGGAGGAGAUCGUGACGGCUGAAGGAAGUGGAGAUGGAGGAGGCCAGGACUGGCCAUGGAGUCUAUUUGAUGUCGGCGAUAAUGGGGGUUAUCCUGAUCCGCUGCGGAAGAAUCAUUUGGAUACUUUGCGUGAGAGAUAUUAUUGUCGGGCAGUGAAUGCGGUUGGAGGUGGGAAUGAUGGAGGUGAUGGUGGUGAUGAUGACAGGAGUGAGAAACGCGUUGGCGAUGGUGUUUCUCAUCAGCAGGAGAACAAGGUGGAGGCUGAUAGGGGGACAUCUUGUAAGCUUCCUGGGACAACAGAGGGUAAGAAGGGGGGAUGGACGAUUUUGGAUAUGUUCUUGGAUUGGAUGGGGAGUUGA